UUCUCUGAUUUUCUCUCUAUGCAUGAUCUUUAAUUGUUUGAGUUUUGCUGAUUUCUAGGGUUUUUUCAUUUUACUUCUCUACGGGAAACUGAAGAAAAUCCCGAGGCUGUAGAACAACCCGGCAAACCAACUGAUGGAGAAAACUGCGUCUUGGCUGCUUGAGAGAUAUAUAUGAACUGCGAGAUUCAAGAUAUAUUUCGUUGUUUUGGCCGCAAUUGUUCGUCUCUGGCUAGAGUUAGCUUAGGGUUUAGUUUUUUGAGAAAUGAAAGCUUUGAUGGCGUUGUAUUGCUUUCUAUGAUCAUCAUAUCAUAUUAAAAGGAAAAAGAAGGGAUUCUUUUUGCUUUUUUUUUCUUUGUUCCAUUUCUUUCUUUGAUGCUGUGUUAUGGAAUUGUAGUUGUAGCGGCGUGCUCGGCUCGAACUGAAUGAAUAAUUUUCCGAUAAAUUUGAACAAUCGGAACUCUGCAGCUGUGUAACUGUGUUAUUAACAAUUCUCUCUCUUUUUUUUCUUUUUUUUUUUUUAAUUUUUUGUUUAUGAUUUUAUCACUCUCUUACUUCCCCCUCCUCCCCCCUUCUUAAUUUCAUUGUUCUUGAAACUGAAAAUAGAGGGGAAUAUUGUAAGACCUGAUCAUCAAUCAAUCGGCCUCUUAAUAUAAACAUAUACUGAUAACAAAAUCCUGUACGCAAAAAGGGAUUAAUGGGGAGCCCAGGGUUAAGCAACCGGAAUAAUGGGCAGCACCUUGGUGUUACAGAACCAAUAUCUUUGGGUGGACCGACCGAAUUCGAUGCGAUCAAGACCCGUGAGCUUGAAAAGUUCCUUGCGGAUGCUGGUCUGUACGAGAGUCAAGAAGAGGCUAUCUCUAGGGAGGAAGUACUUGGGCGAUUGGACCAGAUUGUAAAGAAAUGGAUAAAAACAGUUAGCCGAGCUAAGGGUUUCAAUGAACAGCUGGUCCAAGAAGCAAAUGCCAAAAUAUUCACGUUCGGUUCAUACCGUCUGGGGGUGCAUGGCCCUGGUGCAGAUAUAGAUACACUGUGUGUGGGUCCAAGACAUGCAUCAAGAGAAGAGGAUUUCUUCAUCGAACUUCAUAAGAUGCUGGCUGAGAUGCCUGAAGUAACAGAAUUACACCCGGUCCCUGAUGCUCAUGUCCCUCUGAUGAAGUUCAAAUUUGAUGGGGUUUCUAUAGACCUUCUCUAUGCAAGGCUCUCACUUUGGGUCAUCCCCGAGGACUUGGAUAUUUCACAAGAUUUGGUACUGCAGAAUGCAGAUGAACAGACAGUUCGUAGUCUGAAUGGAUGCAGAGUUACUGAUCAAAUUUUACGUUUGGUGCCAAAUAUUCAGAAUUUUCGUACAACUUUGAGAUGCAUGAGAUUUUGGGCAAAAAGGCGGGGUGUUUAUUCGAAUGUGGCUGGGUUUCUUGGUGGUAUAAACUGGGCAUUGCUGGCUGCUCGAAUCUGCCAGCUAUACCCAAAUGCACUACCCAGUAUGUUGGGAUCUCGUUUCUUCAGGGUGUAUACCCAAUGGCGAUGGCCAAAUCCAGUCAUGCUAUGUGCUAUUGAAGAAGGAUCUCUGGGGUUACCCAUUUGGGAUCCAAGAAGGAAUCCACGAGACAGACCUCAUAUGAUGCCCAUAAUAACUCCUGCUUACCCUUGCAUGAACUCUAGCUACAAUGUUUCAUCGAGCACAUUGCGUAUAAUGACAGAGGAGUUCCAGAGGGGAAAUGAAAUAUGUGAGGCAAUGGAGCAAAACAAGACUGACUGGAAUACCCUCUUUGAGCCUUGCCCUUUCUUUGAAGUGUAUAAAAAUUAUUUGCAGAUUGAUAUCACUGCUGAAAAUGAUGAUGACCUUAGAAAAUGGAAAGGUUGGGUAGAAUCUAGACUUCGCCAGCUUACUUUGAGGAUUGAGAGAAACACAUUUGGUAUGCUUCAAUGCCACCCAUAUCCAAGUGAUUUUUCAGACAAAUCCAGACCAUUCCAUUGCUGUUACUUUAUGGGCCUGCAACGGAAACAAGGUAUGCCUGCAAAUGAAGGCAAACAAUUUGAUAUAAGGGCAACUGUUGAGGAAUUCAAACACAAUGUUGGCAUGUAUACAUUGUGGAAACCAGGAAUGGAGAUCCAUGUAUCUCAUAUAAGGCGCAAGAACAUUCCUCUCUUUGUGUUCCCUGGUGGAGUUCGGCCAUCCCGCCCUGUGAACGUAAUUGGGGAGGGUAGGAUGGUUACAAAACUGAGAUCUAAUUCUGCUGAAAAAUCAUGUGAAAGCACAGCAGGUGCUGUAGAUGCAGUAGAUGACAAGAAGAGAAAAUUGGAUGAUGAUAAUAACCCAAGAAAUGCGAAGUGUUUGUCUGCAAUAACUUAUGCCAGUGGGAGAGAAGCUGAGAUGUCUGGAAUUCGUAGCCUGCCUAUUAUUAGGUCGUCUGCCACCACCACUAGUACUUCAUGCUCCAUAAUAGGAAGCAGUAUGAAUGUGGAUGCUCUAGAGGGAGGAAGACAUGAACGUCUUGAAGCUGAUUCACACUGCAAUUCAUCAAAUGCAGAAUGUGUCACUCAGAUGCCUUCUCAUAAUGGUGGGGAAGCCGAGGAAUCUGUAGGAUGCAGCCCACCAAGUAGACCCCUUUCCUCCGGUGCUGGUUUAUCAUGCUGUAAAGAGGCAGAAAAGCUUGCCAUUGAGAAGAUUUCUGGUCCAGCAGUUGCCCACCAGGAUUUUCCAGCAGAGCUUGAUGAGCUUGAAGACGAAUUCAAUUCAGUGGAUCGAGCAAAAACUCUUGGAGGGGGUACAAAAGGCAACACAGAUGAUUCUUCAACAACAAAGGCAGAAGUAGCAGGGAGUCGAAUAGGUUCAACUAAGAGCUCCAUCCAGAAUGGAAGCUCAGAAGAGCUUGAGCCUGCCGAACUGGCUGCUCAAUUUGUUAACACGCUGCCUGCUUCUACUUCCGUGACACAAAGGAAGCCUCUCAUCAGGUUAAGCUUGAGUUCUUUGGCAAAAGCUACAGGUAAUAGCUCCUGAAAACAUAUUGUGAGUUUAGAGAAGGUUGGGGAAC